GCGUCUGUGACAGUCAGAGCAACCGAGGCGUGGAUUCGAUCUGCCUGUAAGAAUGAUUUCGGCGAGCUGAAGUUCGGCGCCUGCUGUCCCGUUGCAGCCACCCCACCUAAAUUGUGGUCGUGUGCGUCGUCGAAUUAAAGGGUUGCGAAAUUAGUUACCCACCCUUAAGAAAGUUCCACGGCCAUUUUCUACAUGGGAAGACAACAAUGUUGCUAGCAGGCUAGCUCCUUGGGUAGCUGGGACAACAGUUGUUUUGCUAACUCCUGAAUCAUCCUUGCAAUUUCCUCGCUUUAGGCGUCAACACACAGAAGACAUGAAUUCGUGGAAAUGAACAGAAAGGAAGGGGAAAGCAUGGAUUCCCAGGGCAUAACUCCGAAUAAUUCUGAGGACAAUCGGGAGCGCGAGCUGAGCUGCCCGUCUCUGCGGAGCGUCGGGAAGGAGUCGGAGCGUUCGUAUGCCCGCAGCCGGAAACGGGAGAAGCGGUGGGAGGAUUCCGACAGCUCGCCGGGGGACCACAACCACGACCAUGACCUGGACCGGGAGUCAGGGCUGGAUCGGUCUCGCACCAGAACCAAGGAGCCCGCAGAUGUGGACCGGGAACGGGACCGGGAACGGGAUCGGGAUCAGGACCGGGAUCCGGAUCGGGACCGAGUGUCAGACGGGGAGAGGAGUAGCGGGUCGUUCUACUCUGAGGAUUACGACAAGCUGACGCCGUCCGAACGUUCCAUCUCGCCGGGUUCUGUGUCUGUGAGUCCACGCCGGCCAGCACGAGCCAGAAAAGUGUCCAGCAGCCCACUGCACAGAGCAGGUCAUCAUAAGGGCAACUCUCGCCCUCCACAUCUCAAAGGUCUCCGCAAGGGCCCCCCUCGCCUGCUGCGGCCGGGCAUGCAGCAUACCCCUCACCGCUGGGGUGGUGCCAGCCUCGGGGCCGGCGGUGCCCAGGGUGGAGGUGGUGCUGGUGGUGGUGGUGGUGGUGGUGGGGGGGGUCAGCGCUGCUCCAGCCUGACCAAGGAGCCUCCGGCGCGCGACCUGGACCUGGUGACCAAGCGGCUGCUGUCGGCGCGGCUGCUCAAGAUCCACGAGCUGAAGAACGCCUUUGCCGAGCUGCAGCUGCAGACCGACGAGCUGCGCAAGGAGAACCGCCUGCUCCGGCAGCUGCAGCUGCGCCACGAGAAGGCUCUGAAUCGCUACAGCGACACGGAGAGCGAGAUCGCCCAGCUGCUGGCCCGGCACAACAACGAGACGUCGGCGCUGCGCGAGCGUCUGCGCCGCAGCCAGGAGCGCCUGCGCACGGCCGAACGUGGCCAGCGCGAGGCCGACGAGCGACACCAGCGCAGCGAGCGCGAGCUGCACAAGCUGCGGCGGCUCGCCGACGACCAGAGGCUCGGCGAGAGGGAGGAGCUGGCCCGCAGGCUCGAGGCCAGCCAGCAGAGGGCGCAGGAGAGCGAGCGCAAAGUCAAGGAGCUGGAGCGCAACAUGGAGCUGAGCAGCGGGAGCUUCCAGAGGCAGCUGGCGGGGGAGAGGAGGAGAACUCACGAGGUGCAGGAGGAGACGCGCUCCCUGCAGGAGGAGGUGGACAGACUCACGCUCAAACUCAAGGAGAAGGAGCGUGAGUUGGACACCAGGAACAUCUAUGCCAAUCGCAUGCGGCACACACCAGCCAGCAGGAAAGACACAGACAGCGCCGCCAAAAAGAAAGACAUCAGUGAGACUCUUCACUAUAUAAAGUUGUGCUCCGGGUCGGCAAACCUGCGAAGAUUCCCCAGCAGGAGUAACAGUAAGGCGGUGCAGACGGAGGACCGGGCGCUCUCUCUGGACUUCCCCUCCCCUCCACCCGCCAUCACCGACGGCAACGAGCUCCUUGAGCACAGGACCGAUGACUACCUCUCACUCAAGAUUCACCAGCCUCGGGAGUCACCGUCUCACAGCGUAACUAAGGAUCUACAUAAUGGAGAACUGACACCGAAGGAGGCAAACGUCGCAAGGGAUCGAGAUCUGGAACGAGAACGGGAGCGGGAGCAGGAUAGGGAGAGGGAGAGGGAGCGAGGGAGAGAACGAGAGAGGCUGAGGAAAGAGAGGGAGGACAGGGAGAGGGAGGAGAAGCAGAGGUUCAACCGGGAGCUGAACACCCUGGAAGAGAAGGCCAAAAGACUCCGAGAUGACUGGGAAAAGGAGGAUGACGCCAGGAAGAAGCAUGGUCUCUCCAUCUCCCAGAAGGAAGAAGAGAACAGGAAGAAGCGUGACCUCAUACAGGAAGAGGAAGUGAAGGCUAAAGACACCGAGAGCCCCACGGCCACCAUGGCCAACCAGGAGACUGCGGAGGAGGAGAGUCUUCGGAAACAGCGACUCCUGGCAAAGAUGCGCGAGAUCGACAAGCAGAACCAAGGAGGCGACCCGGAUCGGUUCUUCUCCGACUCGUCGGGGGAACCGGCCUCGGACACCCGUCCGUCCUCGCGGGUCUCUGAGCCACGGAACCAGAACCAGUCCAUCUUCAGUUUCACGGAGCCGGCAGAGAGCGUGAGCCUGUGGGGGGGCUCGGAGCGGGGAGCUGGCGGGGGCAGUGUGGGUGCGGCCGGUGGGGAGGGUGUGACCGGGGGGCGCAGGGGGACUCCCAGGGGCCCCCAAAAGUCAAGCGAAGACGACGGCUUCUCCUUCGGCAGCUACGCGCCGUCCUUUGGCCGACCCACCCAGAGAGCCGGCCUUAGCUCCACCUCCACCUCCACCUCCACGUCCACCUCCAGGAGCCGGCCGGAGAUCGCCCCCAAACCGGUGCUCGACGCGGGGCUUGAUGCCGGGCUGGACCUGGGCGUCAAGGACCGCAAGUCCAACCUCCUGCAGCAGCUCUUUGGGUCGGCCACCGAGCCGGCGCCACCGCCUUCCAAGAUGGAGGAGGUCCUGAGCCCCCCGCCCCCGUCCAAACCCCAACUGUCAGGUGUGGGGGGCCGCAGAAGAGACACAGAGACACCACCAAGCAACAAGCACAGCAACGGCAGCAGAAUGUUAGCUAACAACCGGAGCACUCUGCACGUCGCCGAAAGCCGUCCGACAGUGAUGGCAAUUGCCUCGUUUGAUGAUGACAUCGAAGAGCUUACCCUCUGAUUACCGGGCGAACAGUGAUGACCUCACAGUGGUCUGAGAGAACUUUAAGAGACGUUUGUUAUUGUGGACAGGGAAGGGAAUGUUAGCAUUCUCUGCUCUGUUCAGUCAAGCACUUUUUCCAAGCACCAAGUCAUGUAAGAUAAACAGAGGUCUAAUCGAGUAAAAACAAAUGCCCACAGCUCCCUGAGUUUUUCCCUCCAACCGUGCGCACACACACAUUGUAAAGUGCCAUGCAGCCUGUUCUCAUAUCCACAGAUUUUGUAAUAAUAUUACAGUGACUAUGGACGCCUCAGGUAAUAAGGUUGUGUGUGUGCGUGAGUGACUGACUGACUGAUAUCAGAUUUAGAUGUACUUUUUAAUAUGGCACUAUUUUUAUUAGUUUAAUUAUCACAAUGAACUCUUAUCAAAUGUUAAUGGUACGUUUGAUACCAUUUCAACCUGUCCUCUGUGAACAGAGUAACUUACACAAGCUUUCUAACCAGUCAGUCCCUGUCUUUGGACCAGUCUGUCUAUGGCAGAGUGCUUAACCAUAGACGCGACAAGCUGUACUGACCAUUUGCCAACUACCAACUUUUGCUUGGUUCUUGCGACGUUUGCUUUAGAGGGGGAAGGGACACAAACGACACCCUUACACAGUCACUACACAGCAUGACUGGACUUCAGCUGGUGUGGGAACAUUUCGUUUAAGAGGAAACAAUGACGGCAGAAAUCAACUUGUUCCAAGUGUAACAAUGACGGGUUUUUCAUCACUAUGUUUGUCUCUGUAAAGCGCCUCUCGGUGUAUGCAGGUUCUUUAGCUGUGUAAUGAGCAAAACCUCUCUCCCGACACCUUAACCGACGUGUUGGUGACAGAUUCUAGCACCCAUGUUUUUUUUUGUUGUUGUUGUUGUUGUUCUUCUUGCUUGCUUUUGUUGUUGUUCUUCUUCUUGCUUGCACGCCCACCUCCCAGUCUAGAGUUUUACGGGUUCGACCGUGGGACUGCACGGUGCGGUCAGACACGGCCCAGGAUGCAUCAGGGAGGCGGGAAGAGCGGCGAGGAAACCAGGUUGUGAGGGACAGACAUUGGGCCAGCGUGCUGCUGCUGACGGAGCAUGUUUACGCGGGAGUGUGACGACCAGGGCCUGCCUGUCUGACUCAUAGCAGCAGUCGGUGACUGGGUGGAAAGACUCCAGACACACAGUAUACAGUAGCCCGGGUCAGAGACUGAGAUGCCUGAGAUGCGCCGAGCACAGUUUCAUGACACGCAGGUCACAGUCAUGUACAGACUUACAUACACACACCCACACAUAUACAGUACACACUCACAUAUACAGACUCUCUCAUACACAUAUACUCAUACAGACACACACACACACUCACACACAUACACAAAAACGUUUUGGGGACAUUUUGCAAGACAUAUACAGACUCUCACACACACAUAUACUCAUGCACACACUCAUACACACACACACACACACACACACACAGACAGACCGACUCAAGUCAAUCCUGCUCAAGUCUGUGUAUUUCUCGACUCCUCUGUGACUGCCAUGGCGUCAGAAGCCGUACGGUGAGACCACAGAGCACAUAGAAAGCUAAGGCACCACUGGCCUGGUGUGCGUCAUUCACCUUGCGCUGUUCCGAGUCAAACACUCGCUGUGUGUGUGUGUGUGUGUGUGUUUGCGUGCGCAUUGAAAUCAGAUGAAUGUAAGAAAUUGGUGUAGGUUUCAUGUCUUAACCUUAUCACCUUAUUGUGAGUGGGUUUGCUGAAUUCUUAUGCUUGUAUAAUAGUCCCUCUGUCAGAUGAAUGUGCAGUGAUUGAACAGGUCUGGGACCAAUUUUAGAACAGGUUAGUGUCCUGUUUUAAGGAGACUAGAGAAAAGGCUUCUGAUUUCAGAUCUGCUGGGAAGAGAUAUUGCCAUUCGGGGUUGAGUAGUGUGUUUGCUUGUAGUAGUGUGUUGAUGAAGAAGAAAGGCGACAUCAAGAUGUUUUAUAUUAUUUAUUUUUAUCAGGAUAUUUAACUAGCAACAUAUUGGCCACAUGAUUGAAUGAGACAAAGGAAUUACAAAUCACAUUUUGUAAUGAUAAUAUUUCUAUAGUUUUGAUAAACAUUACUUAAGGAUCGAAUGGUUUGUGGAAGGCUGUAAGUGUCUUCCUGUAUUUCCAUAUUUUUAUUCAUCAAGGCUGUUGUUUACAUGUUGCCAUUCAAAGCUGUGUUGCAAACACUUACUCAUGGGGGCAAAUUCAAUGUAAGGUUUUCCACAACAGACCUGCUAUGUCCACGCAUCCUUAAAGAGAGUAUUCCCUUUUCCUUGACACGUUUUAAAUGUAGUAAUAGUAGUAGCAGUAGUACAUUUAUUUAUAGAGCACAUUUUCCAGCACAAUGGCUACUCAAAGCGCUUCAUAGACACCGUGUUCUAUUUAUAUGUAUGUCAAUAUAUAAUUGUCUCAGAUAAGGGAAGUAAAUAAUUUCCCUGUGUCUGAACUACAUUGAAAUGAAGUUUUGUUUGAAUAUGGUUACAAUAGAUUUGAUAGAUGAUAUACAGUUCAUGAUGGUAUUUCUUCGUUAUUUGUGUGUAUUUCAGCAAUUUUCACAUCAAUCAAGUGUCGGGAGAGAACACUGCAUAGCUGAAAAAAAGAUUCAUUAUCAUUAUGGGUUUUGUAUGCAUUUUCUGUUAUUUUACGUCUGUUGAGUUUGUUUGUGUUUAUUUUCCUCACUGAAUCAUGGAUUUUGUGUCUGUAUCUGUUUUUCUUAUGAUUCUGUCACUGUAAGCAUUCUCCAUACUUGUAAUUUAAAAUGAUCAUGUAUGGGACAUGUGAGUCCUUCUUCUCUAUUGGCAAUUUCAACAUUCCUCUGUAAGGCAUUGUGGUAGGGAUCAGACUUGCUUCUGUUUGCCAAUGUUUGUGGUAGCACUGUGUUUCAAAUGUCACUCACUAUUAGUCUGGACUGACAAUCACUAUACAAGUUGAAAUUGAUUACAUCUGACAUGUCUGUGUGUUAUCAUCUUUUUAGUUAGUUAGUUUUACUUUGGUUGAUAUGUUGGUCUUUUUAUAUUGUGUUAUUAAAUCAAUGUCAUUUGUAUAUGAAUGUAUGCACUCUGUUUUUUGUUUUUGUUUUCAAAUAAACUUUUGGAAAGG